AUGAUUGGGCAACAAGCAAUAAGGGAUUGGCUUUUUAUAAAUGGAAAGAUCGAAAAAGCAGUUCAUAUAUUAUCUUCUCUUCACUCGCCAGAUGACAAAGUAUUUGUCAACAGGAAAGAAAAAGAUGGAAGUACUUCUAAAGUUCCAUGUCCUCUAGCAUUGAAGGAUUAUAAUUCAAAUAUGAACUUUGUUGACAACUUUGACCGUCUAAAAAAAGAUAACCAGUGUGAUAGAAAAAGCCAUAAGUGGUACAUGAGACUGUUUUUUCAUUUUAUUGAUUGCUGUGUUGUCAAUUCAUUUAUUAUUUACGAAGAAUUGGAUACAGACGGUAAAAAAUUAACUAAUAAAAAUUUUCGUAGAGAGGUUUACACAGGUUUAUUAUCUAGAAAAUUAGUUGAUGUGCAAUCCCCAUCCAUACUGAAAAAAAGAACUAAAUCAACUACUGAAAUCAGCAACCAUAAGCCACAUGUCUCAAAACAUUUGAGACUUACUGAAUCCAAACAUCAACCAACUCAAAUCAGUAGUAGAAGGUGUGCGAUGUGUUCAACUAAAAAAAAACCACAAAGAACAAAAUGA